UGUGAGGGGUGGCAUACGCUGAUUAUUCAUGGUUUAAACGUUUUAAAUUUAAAUUAAUGAUUUACAUAAAGUAAUUCCCUAUUUAGCAAAGGAUGGAAGUGGAUUUGUGGGUGUGAGUAAAUCUGAUGAAGGCUAUCCCAGUCCAGCCCACUCUGGAAAUGUAGACAAAAGGCUGUUCUUUGCAAUCUAUUUGCAUACAGAUUGGCUUUGUGCCCUAUUCGUUAUUUAUUACUCUGUCAUUUACUUGUUGUAACUUCAAACAUUUUGACACUGUAUAAUGGGGCGGGCAUUGUAGUCAGGUAAGAAUUUCAUGUAGGUGUUCGCUGAGAUUCUGUUCUCCCUCUUAUGGCACCUCCAGCCCAACCAGCAGCACAGACAGUUUAGUGGGACACCAGUGUUACCAGGUAUUGUACCAGCUUUUUAACAUUGUGGAAUACUUAAUAUUUAGAAAAAUAUUUCCUUUCCAAGGUUCUGUCAAUCUGGGAUUUAAAUAUGUUGAGCAUAAUGUUAAGUUAUUUAGAAUCACAUUUGUUUAGAUUUGAAAAAUAUCUUAUUGUGCAAAGUUAAUCUAGACUUCGAAAGACAAAUACAAGAUAAUUGGUGGCUUAUAGUUAAUAAUUAUCCUGGUUGGUAAACCAAGUAAUGCAUUGGUUGCAAUUUAAAUGUUCAAUGAAAUAGUUUGGGACAGUCAUUUGCAAGUGAGUGGAGUUAUAAUCUGAUUGGAUGGCCAGGCCACAUGCAGAGUGUUUUCAUACCAAACAGUUCUGUCUUGUCAACACUUCUACCAUCAGAUUUACGGAGAAGCUAUAAUGACCAGAAUCAAUGCCUUCACUGUUCUAAUGCUGUAUAAGCCAUUUUGGUUCCUUCUAUCCAUCAUAAAGUUAAUAUAAUAUUUGUGUUUUCAGGUUUAAGUGAUCAUCAUCAUACAGAAAUAUGAAUUGGUCCUGUGUAAACUGUUUGAAAGGUUUCGUCACAUUCCUCAACUUCAUCUGUUGGUUGUGUGCCAUUUUCGUUGUGGGUUUUGGAGAGUUCCAAAUAAUGCACUCCAGAUUUGUUUCCCUCAUCACAUCCUUCUGUCUCAUCUACCCUGCCAACACACUGGUAGUCACGGGCUCCAUCGUAACAUGUGUGUGUUACCUGGGGGUCAUGGGUGCCCUGAAGGAGAACCGUUGUAUGCUCAUCACUUUUUUCCUUCUGCUGUUUAUCCUGAUGCUGGUGGAGCUGGCCAUGGCAUGUUUGUUUUUUUUGUAUGAGAGGGAGAUUGACACUUUCUUUGAGAAAGACCUGAUACGUAGCCUGGAUAUGUACAAGAAUUCUACAUCAGAGGGGAACCUAGCAAUUAAAGAGGACUUUGAUGCGGUCCAGCGUACUUUCAGGUGCUGUGGGGUUCGCAGCCUGUCCGACUGGGAGGGCAGUGUGCCCCUCUCUUGCUGUUCCCAAGACCCCUGUAACAUCAUCCCCCAACCUAACUGGCAGGAGGGCUGUCAUAUGAAGCUCAGGAACUGGUUUGGUAGGAACCUUCUGAGCACUGGAGCAGGUGUCGUGUCCCUGUUCAUUCUACAGUUCAUAUGCAUGUGUUUCACUGUCCCUAUCUUCUGCCACUUCAGUCUUAAAGGAUAUGGAUACAAGUGAAGGAGAAACCAUGAUUUUAACUGGAAACAUUCAUAAUAAUUAUAGGUAUCAUUUAUACAGCAUUCUUCAUUAGAUGUACACUGUCAAAGAUGCUCUGAUGUCAUGAGGAUACAAUUUUAGAUCUGUUUGUUUGAUUUUAAGUUUGAAGAACACUAAUCAAUAAGGAACAUUUUCUGAGAGUGACGGAGAUGGGGAGAGAGAUAGAGAGAGAGAGGAAAUAGUUUGAGUACUUGGCAUAUAAAAAAUGCAUAAAAAUCUUCAUUUAAUUCUGGAGAAUUGCAUCUUAAUAUCUAUGCAUGUUACUG